AUGUGCAAGCCGGAAAAUUCCAUCAGACGCGUGCUGGCCGCCGAAACGAUUUUUCGCUCGACCGCCAUAUCUAAGAAUGUUAUUUCAAGUGAGAUCGAUUUUAAGACGCCUGUGAACAUCACCGAUAUCGAUAUUCUUUCACCAGCAAUGUUUUCGAACACUGCAAAUGGAGGAUUUAUUGUUGGAGGAACUGAUCCUGAAAACUUUCAGAUUAUAUUUCAGUGCAGCAACGUGGAUGAAGAAUCUGCCUCAGCAAACGUGGAAUUGGGUGUACUCAACUACGAGGACCAUAAAAAUACAAAAUUGCAGUGUCCCAAUAAGAUAUGGACAAAUAGAUUGAUUGUGUUAGCAAGGUUCUCGGUAUUAACUAUUGUUGUUUAUGGAACAACCAAGGAUCCUGAAACUGAAUCUGUACAAAAGAAAGAUCCAUCGACAAUCACUAUGCCACCUCUUAUUGAUGGUCCAAUCGAUAUGUCUGGCGCUGUAUCUAUUCCCGACAACGUUAUGGAGAAUGUUGAAACUGAAGUCAAACGUGAAUUUGAUGAACUUUGUGGCGUUCGUCAAAAUAAUGAUUAA